CUCCUGCACCAUAGUUCAUGGCAAAUCUGAGUGUUUUAAAGCAUGGACUACAGAAAACAACAAAAAACUUCAGCUAGUGCUUUAAUUUCAUCUGAAACUCUACAGGUAUUGUUUGUGACAAUUACAUACUGCUGUAUGUUCCAUUGGGGAAACUGAAGGUCUUUGAUUCAGAAGAAAUAAGAAGACUCCGUGACUCACGUGCUUCAGCACUGCCGUGGAUGGCCCCAGCUCUCCUGCCUGCCCUUCCAAGUAGGAUGUCCCUGAGAUCCCUCAAAUGGAGUCUCCUGCUGCUGUCACUCCUGAGUUUCCUCGUGAUGUGGUACCUCAGCCUUCCCCACUACAAUGUGAUUGAACGUGUAAACUGGAUGUACUUCUACGAGUAUGAGCCAAUUUAUAGACAAGACUUCCGCUUCACACUUCGAGAGCAUUCAAGCUGCUCUCAUCAAAACCCAUUUCUGGUCAUCCUGGUGACCUCCCACCCCUUAGAUGUGAAAGCUAGACAGGCCAUUAGAGUUACUUGGGGUGAAAAAAAGUCUUGGUGGGGAUAUGAGGUUCUUACAUUUUUCUUACUAGGCCAGCAAGCUGAAAGGGAAGACAAAAUGUUAGCAUUGUCUUUAGAAGAUGAACACCUUCUUUAUGGCGAUAUAAUCCGACAAGAUUUUUUAGACACAUACAAUAACCUGACCUUGAAAACCAUUAUGGCAUUCAGGUGGGUAACUGAGUUUUGCCCCAAUGCCAAGUAUAUCAUGAAGACAGACACUGAUGUUUUCGUCAAUACUGGGAAUUUAGUGAAAUAUCUUUUAAACCUAAACCACUCAGAGAAGUUUUUCACAGGUUAUCCUCUAAUUGAUAAUUAUUCCUAUAGAGGAUUUUACCAAAAAACCCAUAUUUCAUACCAGGAGUAUCCUUUCAAGGUGUUCCCUCCCUACUGCAGUGGGUUGGGUUAUAUAAUGUCCAGAGAUUUGGUGCCAAGGAUCUAUGAAAUGAUGGGUCAUGUAAAACCCAUCAAGUUUGAAGAUGUUUAUGUCGGGAUCUGUUUGAAUUUAUUAAAAGUGGACAUUCAUAUUCCAGAAGAAAACCUUUUCUUUUUAUAUAGAAUCCAUUUGGAUGUCUGUCAGCUGAGACGUGUGAUUGCAGCCCAUGGCUUUUCUUCCAAGGAGAUAAUCACUUUUUGGCAGGUUAUGCUAAGGAACACCACAUGCCAUUAUUAACACCACAGCUACCAAAAGCCUAGAGAAGAACAGGAUACUUUGUGGAAA